CUGCACUGGGGCGCCAAGCACGGUAACGCGCAUAUCGUCAAGAUGAUGGCCGGUACUUACCACACCGACGUCAACGCCAGAUCCGGCUACACUCCUCUACACCUAGCAACACAGUUUGGUUAUGAAGAAAUAGCAAACCUUCUGGUGAAUGCUUAUGGUGCUGACCAGAAUCUACGUGACUACAGUGGGCGAAAAGCUCGCCAGUAUCAGGCAAGCCAGGACACAAGUGUGUCAGCUGACACAUUCCGCAAAAUCAAAGCAAGGAAAAAACAGGCAGAAAAGGACUUAGGAUUCUUGAGAAUUGGUUCACUGAAUGUGAGAGUGAAGAAAACAACUGAAGCAUUCAGCAACUUCUUAGGUGUAGGAAUAAACAGCGACAAAAUACAUAAAACUUGGGGCUCAGCUGAUAAUAUACAGCAGGUUGACCGUCGCCGAAUGCCACCACCAAAGGCAGCACCAUUGAAGAAACGUCGCUCUCGACACGGUGCCGCUGACUUUACUGGUAGCUACAGCACACCAAGUACACCUCCAAGUCAGUCUCGCACUGCAAACAGUGAGCCAGGGCAGGAUUCAGACUCUGACUCGGCAUGUGGCUUCGGCAAUAAUUGGCAAGGCACUGUUUGAUGAAUGUGUUGUGAAUUUCAUCCAUGAGAGACUGUCUAGUGUUGGCUUGCUUGUUUUUGUGCCGCUUCAGUCCCAAAGUAUUUUUAAAACAUUUUAGUAUUGUGAAACCAGUUUCUAUAAUAUUGAUGUAGUGGUAUUCAGUUUGAUGUAUUGCUUUCUUUCCUUUAAGUUUUUUUUAUAUUUAUUAUAAAAUUCUGAGUAUUAUUUUUGUAUUUUUACAGAUAUGUUGUAUGUUUGAUAAAAGCUGUUAUCAACCUACAGUAUUUUUACUUUUGUACAAUAGUUUCUGUGUUAUCAGAUUUGCUUCAUCUCUUUGUAAAAUUGUCCUAAAUUCAGCAUUAAAGUCAAUUUAAUGUCAA